AUGAAGAAGCCUCGUUUCACCGUCAGUCAUUCUCACGCGACAACUGAAGCUGCCAAUCGUAGUCCAUUCUGUGGGGAAGGUCCUCAUUCUGCUUUCAAAUGCCAAAGGUUCCAAAAGAUGAAGAUUGCUGAACGGUACGAGCACGUAAAGCGUCGUGGGCUGUGUUUAAAUUGUCUCUCUCCAUCGCAUAUGGUUCGAUUCUGUACAAAGGGUUUUUGCCGAUACUGCAGGCAGAAACAUCACACGCUUCUGCACAAUGGAGCGACGAACGGCGGAGCAGCUGCAUCAUCUACACCGCAGAACAACUCCAUCCCGCAUGCGCAGAACAGACCAUCAAUAGCGAGCAUAUCACAAACACAACCACAGCCACAGUACCAGACCACACAGAGUCACAACACAGCACCCACCACAAACUCACUCCCUGUCGCACACACGAACUUGCAAUCACACUGUCACCAACCAUCCACCACAGAUCACACUUCCUUGGGAAACGCCAACACAUUGUCUGCUAAUACCUACACUCCAGCACGACAAGUUUUGUUAUCCACCGCCAUGGUGCGAGUGAUUGAUCCUUACGGAAACGUCCAGUUUACGAGAGCGCUUCUGGACUCAUGCUCUGAGUAUUGUUUUAUAACCACGAAUCUGUAUCAGAAACUGAACUUACCCGAGAUGGCCAGCUACCUGUCGGUUGCAGGAAUUGGAGGAUCGGUCGUUAAAUCGACGAAGAUGGUGGAAGUAAUGAUUACUCCGAGGUCUACCUACAUUUCAACAUACUGCGAAAACGUCAAGCUUCAUGUCCUGCCGAAGCUCACGUCCGAUUUACCGUUUCAAUCUGUCGAUAUUCAGCAACUGUCUAUUCCGGACGACAUCAACCUCGCGGAUCCCCGAUUCAACGAACCUGGCCCGGUAGAUAUUAUCGUAGGAGCAGAGUAUUAUUUUGAUCUGCUUACAGAUGGAAAACUGAAGCUUUCAAACGAUGGACCAACGCUGCAGAAAACAGUUUUUGGUUGGAUUGUAUCAGGUCGUGUAGCCAGUGGUAUAGCAAGAGUUUCCAGAACCAUUUCGUAUCCGUGUGCAUCGCUCGAUCUUCGUGAUCUACUUACAAAAUUUUGGGAACUGGAAUCAUGCAACAGCAAGAGCACUUUGUCAGUGGAGGAGUCGACGUGCGAAGAAUUUUUCGAUCGUACAACGGUGCGCGAUAAAGAUGGGAAAUUCGUUGUCACUCUUCCAAAGAAAGAUUAUCGAAUCAAGCAACUCGGAGAAUCAAAAGCCAUAGCGACAAGACGAUUUCUCGGACUGGAGAAACGACUCCACCAGAAACCUGAGUUGUUGCAACCAUAUACUGAAUUCAUCAGCGAAUAUUUACGGCUCUGA